UAGUUAGUACUUUAUAGUUCUAAGUUUUUUUCAAAUUAUUUCCUUUCUGUAUUUUGUAUUCUGUGUUUUUUCGUCCUGUCCUCCGGCGUCGAGGCGGAUCGAUUCGGUCCGUCGCGUUUCGCGUCGUCUCGCCGUGGCCGUGGACGUCCGCCUCCUGGUCAGAGUCAGGUCACUGGUCGCUGGUCAGACUUCAGAGUCAGGAUUGACUGUUUCAAAGCCCGUGGGUAUGAUGUCGUGUAAAUCCUGUUGAGAUGUCGUCAUGUAUUGUCUCCAAUGGCUCAUCCCCGUUCUGCUCAUCCCGAAGCCGGUGAACCCGACCCUUCUGCAGACCCAUGUCGUCUUCAUGGUCCUCUACCUGACGGGGUUCUUCUUGGAGAAGAAGCCCUGCACCAUCUGCAGCCUCGUCUUCCUCUCCGCGGUCGUGCUCAUCUGCUACUCGGGACUCGGCAGUUGCAUGUUCUGGAGCAACAACUGUGACAACGUGCGAUGCGAAGACUGACUGCUACGCCCUUUUGACAAGGGUAACAAAAAAACAACCCCUUUCACUAAACAAAAAUCAACCCCUUGUGUACAAAGUGUAAAUAAAGACCUUUUACACAAUUUCAUGCCCCCUGAAGAAAAUUUCUUUUUAAAAAAAUUCCAAAUGAUAGUUAUUUUUCCCAUUUUUCUUUUCAAAACAAGAGUGCCUUUUUCCUUGUAAAACUCUUUAAAAUAAGAGUUCCAGUCUGACUAAUUGUAUAAAAGUGUCAAAGAAUGUUACCACAAUUUUCCUUAGAGUGUUUAAGAAGAGGAACGUUUUUAUUUAUAUACUUUGCAUUAUUAAAAUAUAAGCUAAUGUGUACAUAGAUUCGGUGUACGUUUAAUAAAACAAACAAAACAA